GGGUGCCCAGCUGAGGACUUGGCUGCCUUCUCCCUGCACGGGAUCGGUGCCUCCGCAGGGAAGCAGGGCCAGGCUUGGUGCCAGCCCCCAGCCCGGGGAGGCAGAGCGGGCGCGGCAGGCAGCCAGCCGGGGAGAGGCAGCGCUGAGCAGGGCGCCAGCCUGGGGAGUCGGAGCCCUCCUCAGCCCUUCCGACGGCGGCAGCUGGCGCUGCUCCGUCUCUUGCUCAGCGCGCAGGGUCCGCCAAAGGCGCCGGGGGCAGCGCCUCCGCUCGCCCGGUCACCUCGGCCGCCUGUUGCUGCACCCGGCAGAGGCGCCUCCGCCUGCUCGCAGCUUAGAGCGAACGCGCGGGGGGCGCAGCGGGAGCGUCCCUCCCCGCGGACGCCGGAGGCGGUGGGUCCCGUGGCUGGCUGCGGGGUUUGGGGCUUGUGCUGGUGUCUGUGGGGCUGGGCAGAGGCGAGGCAGGCGGCGGGGAAGCGGAGCUCUCCGGGGACCCGCGGCGGAGGGUGCCGCCCGCUCAGAGGUGCUGCGGGGCCGGGGCAGGAUGUGAGGAGCUGCCAGUCCCGAGCCAGUCCCCAGCCCAGCGCCCUGCGCGGCUCAGCAUGAGCGAGAUGAAGGCGAAGGACUCGAGGGCGCCUUCCUCUGCCAGGGACGGCUCGGUCCGGCUGCAGGGCCGCCCAGAGCGGGAUCCCUUCCGCGGGGGGGCGGAGGCCGUGGACAUCUCCCUGCAUGGGCUGCUCUACCCCAAAAGCAGCGAGGAGGAAGAGGAGGAGGAGGAGGAAGAGCAGCAGAGGCGCCCAGAGGGGAAGGAGAGGGGCCCCUCCUCACAGCGGGAAGGCAGCGGCUCCCCGCCGGAUAGGGACGCGCUGGACAGCGUCCUAGACACUUUCUUGGCUCCCCCGGCCCACGCCAGCUCGGCCAGCGCCCCCGCGGCUUGGUGCCUCUUCGGGGCCGAGAUCCCCGAGCUCCCCGGCGCACUGAUGAGCCGCUGCUCCGAGCACCAGCGGGGAGAGUCAGCCGCCGCCCACCAAGACAGCCCGGCUGCAAACUCGGGCUCCGUGCCGCCUCCGGCCCCGGCCGCCUCCCUUUGGCCGGGCGGGGACCCCCCGGCUGCCGCCGCGAUGCUGCCGCCCCAGCGGGAGGGCGAGGGAAGCGCGGAGAGCGCGGGUGGGCCGCGCAGUGCCCCCGCGGCACUCCCCGAGGAAGAUCACGGCUUUGCCUCCGGGGGGCCAGCUGAGCAGGACGACGGCUCCGGGAGCAGCCUUGCUCUUGCCCCUGCCUAUGCCGCUGCCCCUGGGCGCUCUGCGGCGGCAGCAGGGUCCGGGCAGGAUUUCCUCCAUGUGCCCAUCCUGCCCCUUAACUCGGCCUAUCUGGCAGCCAGGACCCGGCAGCUGCUCGAUGUGGAGGAAUAUGAGAGCAGCCUCUUUGGCCGUCGUGCGUCUCCCACCUCCACCCCCCAUGACUUUGCGGACUAUGUCUAUCCCCAGCCCGACUCAAAGGAGGAGCAUUAUAGCUACGGGGACUUCCAGCCUGCUCUAAAGAUCAAGGAGGAAGGAAUUAGUGCCAGCACCCCCUACUUGGGCACCAAGACCACUCCAGCAGUAACGUGCACAGACUACACGCUGGCCCCUCCGCAGCCGAGAGCCAGCCAGGAGUCCUCCUCUCUCGAGUGUAUCCUGUACAAAACUGAGCCUUCAGUUCUGCCUGGGCCCUAUGGGCCGCCGCACUGUAAAGCAUCGGGGAGCUCAAGCUGUAUGGUUCAGCGGGACAGUCUGCCCUCCACAUCAACAGCCCCUCAAGCCUUUUACCAGCCUCUCAACCUGAACGGCCACCAGCAACUUGGCUUUCAGACAGCCGUGCUCAAAGAGAGUUUACCCCAGUUAUAUCCGCCCUAUAUCAAUUACAUUAGGCCAGAUACUGAAGUUGGUCAGAGUCCUCAAUACAGUUUUGAAUCAUUACCUCAGAAGAUUUGUCUGAUCUGUGGUGAUGAGGCUUCUGGUUGCCACUAUGGAGUACUUACCUGUGGAAGCUGUAAAGUCUUCUUUAAGAGAGCAAUGGAAGGGCAGCAUAACUAUUUAUGUGCUGGAAGGAAUGACUGCAUAGUUGAUAAAAUUCGUAGGAAGAACUGUCCAGCAUGUCGAUUGAGAAAGUGCUGUCAAGCCGGCAUGGUCCUUGGAGGUCGAAAGUUUAAAAAGUUUAACAAAGUGAAAGUUGUGAGGACACUAGAUAUUGUUGCACUCCAGCAGCCAGUGGCCCUUCCAGAUGAAAGCCAAGCUCUAACCCAGAGGAUAUCCUUUUCACCAAAUCAAGAAGUACAGUUUAUUCCCCCACUGAUCAACAUUUUACAAGGCAUUGAGCCAGAAGUGGUCUAUGCAGGUUAUGACAACACACAACCUGAAACCCCAAGUGCUUUGCUGACCAGUUUGAAUCAAUUAUGUGAGAGGCAACUCCUUUGUGUAGUCAAAUGGUCUAAAUCACUACCAGGAUUCCGGAAUUUACAUAUUGAUGAUCAGAUAACCCUUAUCCAGUAUUCUUGGAUGAGUCUAAUGGUGUUUGCUAUGGGAUGGAGGUCAUAUAAGCAUGUCAGUGGUCAGAUGCUAUACUUUGCACCUGAUCUGAUACUAAAUGAACAGAGGAUGAAAGAAUCAUCGUUUUAUUCAUUAUGCCUAUCCAUGUGGCAGAUCCCACAGGAAUUUGUCAAACUACAAGUUAGUCAAGAGGAGUUCCUCUGUAUGAAAUCAUUAUUACUGCUCAAUACAAUUCCUUUGGAAGGUCUGAGAAGUCAAAGCCAGUUCGAUGAGAUGAGAGCAAGUUAUAUUAGAGAACUGGUCAAGGCAAUUGGUUUGCGGCAGAAAGGAGUUGUGGCCAGCUCACAACGUUUCUAUCAACUUACAAAACUUAUGGACUCCAUGCAUGAUCUAGUGAAACAACUCCACCUGUUCUGUCUGAACACAUUUCUCCAGUCCCGGGCACUGAGUGUCGAAUUCCCGGAAAUGAUGUCAGAAGUGAUUGCCGCCCAGCUACCCAAGAUUCUGGCAGGGAUGGUGAAACCUCUCCUCUUUCACAAAAAGUGAAAUGUCUUUUCUCUUACUGAAGAGACAAUUUUUGUGCCUUUUUUGUUUGUUUAUUUUGAUCAGGAUUUUGCGGUUUAUUUUGGUCAGUAUUUUGCAGUGUCAGGACUUUAGGAUAUUUGUUCUAUUUACCAUACCUACCACCUAACUGUGUAAGUUUGAUGUCCAUAUUGUGCGCUCCUGAUUUAUUUUACUGUUAAAAUCACAACUGAUGUUUGUCAUAAGAAAAGUUUUGUAAGCCAGAAUAGGUUGCUUCUUAGGAAUUCACAAGAACAAUACUUAAACGGAAUCUUUAGUUGUCUAAGAACAGUUAUCUUGUACAUUUUUUCUUUCAUAUUAUUCCUUUGAAAACUUGUGCUAUGAC